CUGGGUCUGCUGCCCCCAUCCUCGUUGAGUUCUGGGCCCACGACCUCUCGGCUUCAAGCGUUCGACCUUCACUCAUUUCGAAUGACGUCAAGGGGGGGGGGGACCCAUAUACUUAAUUAUUUAUAGAGGAGAGGCCACAUUGUGUGUCACAGGAGGUUUUAUUUUUUAUCAAGAGGGUGUUGCUACAUUGGGUUGUUACUUUACGAUGUUUUUUUAGGCCCCAUCGCGGGUUCAUGGGAGGUGUCAACAGCUCGGGAGGAAAGGUAGGUUACAUUGUGGGGCAGGGGGAGGAAGAUGAUGUUUUGUUUUCGGAAAAAUAUAUUUUAAGAAGAGGAUUUGUGCUUGCAUUUCAAUUAUCAUUGGCAGUACAUAUGAUCACUCUCACCGAGUCUCAAGGAUCUGCCGAUAACAUUUAUGCAUGUUUUAUUAUCGAUGGGAGGAAACCGGAGAAAACCCGUGCAGAACGGAGGGAGAGAAUACAAACUCCCGUUUCAAAGACAAAGAUCCCCCACACAGCCUGAGCAGACUGUUGAGGGCAAGUACUGCUAACGAGUAGCACCUAUGAAGGCCGGCAUGCCAGCACCCAUGACUUCAGCCAACCUCGUGGCGAAGUUUCCACCGGGUACUCGGUUGAGGCUGGGUCUACCUAGGUGAAGCCCAGAACCGGUUCAGAUGAUCAUCAAUGGUCAGCGGGAAUCGAAAUCUGUUCGCCGGGUUUGUAGCGCUAUGCUACAGAACCAUCCGUCGACCAUCGCCAUCACAUUGUUACGAUUGAUGACCAAUUUUACAAAUCACAUCCGUGGAAAAAAUGUUGAGAAACACUUUCCCCUUGUUCUUUGGUUCUUUCGGUAAAGUCACGUAGGUGAUGUUGCUGACUUUACCGAAAGGGCGUCGGGGGAAUGGGACGGAGCGAAAAAGGUGGAGCGCAUACGAUCAUUUCCCAAUCAAAAAUUUUUCCCCUUUGACGCUGCGGUCACUCCCCGGUUUCCCGCUGUGCCUGCAGAGACGCCACCGCGACCCUCCUUCCCCGCCCCCCCUCCCCGUGCCGAGAUGGAGGUGGGCGCCGCCGAGGAGAUCUGCCUCUCCACCAACAAGCAGCUGUCGGACCUGCUGCAAGAGCUGUGCGAGCUGCGUGAGCGCGGCUCCUUCUGCGACGUCGUGGUGGAGGUGCAGAGCUGCCGCUACCUGGCGCACAAGGCGGUGCUGAGCAGCACCAGCGGCUACUUCCGCAGCCUCUUCCUGGGCGCGCCCUGCAGCAACAUGGGGCCCUUCGUGGUGGACUGCGUGGGCGCCAACGCGUUCGAGCUCGCGCUCGACUUUGUCUACAAGGGCACGGUCACCGUGGGCAGCCUCGCUGACCUCGGCGAGCUCCACCGGAGCGCCCAGAAACUGGGCAUCGUCGGCCUGGAGGAGGCCUGCUCGCCGUUCCUGCCCGUCCUGCCCGCGUGCCCGGAGGACGCUUCUCCGGCGGCGAACGCGGACGAGCUGAACAUUGUGGAGGUGGCGCGUGUGAGCACGGUGUCGGUCUUCCAGUACGGCAGCGACGGCGACGACGACGGCGACGACGACGACGGAGACGACGGAGGAGGAGGGGGCAGCAUGCACGCCCCCCAGGGCAAGUGCUCGCCGGCGCCGAGAUUCGGUGCGGGCCUCGCCAGGGGGAUUGGCGGCAGCGGGGCCUUCGUGGAGUGGCCGCUCGCCCGCGAGCCGUUCGGCGGCGCCACCCGCGCCGGGGAACCCGCUCAGCCGCGCUUCGCCGCCGGCCAGGAGCGCCGGCACCACGGUUUCCCGCGCGGCGCGUUCAGGGGCGGGACCGGCGCGGCCUUUGGCGAGCUCGUUCCUGCCGCCGAUUACCGGAUCAAGGUGGAGUCCCCCGACGAGGAGCUGUACGAGGGGGCGGGCGACCCGUGCGACGGCCUCGGCUUCCCCAAGCAGGAGCUGGACUUGGCGGCCGCCGUCCUGGAGGAGGGAAAGCAGCCGCUCUCCUUCUUGCGGAUGGCGGCGUCGCCCUCCCAGAGUCGCUUCGCAGCCGGCGGCGUCCAGGACGACGAGGAGGAGGAGGACGAGGAGUACGACGACGACGCGGCGGCGGCAGCGGCAGCGGCGGAGGAGGCGGCAUGCGCGAUCGUGCGGUGCCGUGCGUGCGGCGAGGCCGUCGAGGAGAGCGUCUCGGCGCUGCGCGAGCACUCGUGCGGCCACCUGGACAUGGAGCGUCUCGCGUGCCGCGUCUGCGGCCUGCGCUUCGGCAACAUCAGCGACGCGGUGGAGCACGCCCUGCUCCACACGGGCGUGGCGCUGCUCGCCUGCAAGCACUGUGGCCACAAGUUCCUGUCGCCCGAGAAGCUGAGCGCCCACGCGCGGGGCCAGUGCAAGAAGCGCAAGUACAAGGGCAUCGGCACGCGCCUGUCGAACGUGCGCCAGCUCAAGUGGCAGCGGCAGGCGGUGCCGGCGGAGCGCGCGACCUGCGGGGCGUGCGGGGCGGCGGUGGCCGGCUGCAUGUCGGACCUGCGUGACCACGGCCUGGUGCACCUGGACGUGGAGAACCAGCGGUGCCGCCUGUGCGGCUACGUGUCGCUCUACAAGAGCAACCUGGUGAAGCACUCGCUCGUGCACAUCGGCGUGUACCUGUACUCGUGCCCCACCUGCCGCAAGAGCUUCCUCUUCAAGUACUGAGAUGGAUCGGCACGUCUGCCUCAAGGCCAAGAUGGAGACGGUCACGUAAGGGGGGGGGGG